AUGAUGAACUUUUUUGGAUCAAAGCUUUCCUCCAACACUAACGCCAACGCCGGCGCUGGUGCAGCAGGUAAUGAGGAGAAGAAAAGUUGGACUGGUAUCGAUAGUAACAGCAAUAGCGGACACAAGAGUCCACAGGUUGGUGGAACCAGCUUCAUCCCUAGUUUCGCUAUGCAGGCCGCUACUCCUACCACAGCUGUGAGCCAAAAUUCCUAUGCAAUGGGCACAACAGGAAUAAUGUCUGAGAACGUUUUGAGCCAAAUGAAGGCUAUGAACGAACAUUCCCCAUCUGUAUCACAAUCUAACAGCAGCACAAAUGCAGCACAAACCCCUUUAACAUCUGCUGGAAUUCAACAGUGUAUGCCCGAUCUUGGGGUAUCUAAGAAAACAUCGGUAGACAAACACGGAGAGAUAACUACGCGACCACAAGAUAAAGAGAGAUCUGUUUCACCGAGUAACAGCAAUAAUACUUUUAGUAGUGGAGCUGAGUCUACCGGCCUGGAAACAGGAAUUCCUAGGGGUAAUUUAGUCGUCACUAUAGUGGAAGCAAGAAACUUGCUAACACGCUCCAUGAAUUCUCAACCGUACGUGGUAUGCACAUUUGAAAGCUCAGAGUUCAUUUCUAAUGGGCCGGAAUCUGUGGAAAACAAGUUGCUUGCAAACAAUGCGAGCGGUUGGAAUCAAUCAUCAGAUGGGAAAAAGAAGCACAGGCCUCUUUAUACCCUGAGGUCAUCUUCCCAGUUAAACAAACUCAAAGAAUCUGCAAAUGAGCAAAGUCAAGGUGCUAGCUCGUCUAACCCUGUUUGGCACCAUGAGACAACUUUUGAUGUUUUGGGAGCUCGCUCAGAAUUAGAUAUAUCUGUGUAUGACGCUGCCCAUGACGAUAUGUUCUUGGGACGAGUGAGACUACGCCCUAACUUACAUAGCACGUCGCGUGCCACUGAGAACCAAUGGCAUUCACUGCAAAGCCGUGCGUUUGACGAAAACGUCACGGGGGAUAUGCUCAUCAAGUGGGAAUACAGUUCAACAAAAAAGAGACAAUAUGGGCCUCAUGAUUUUGAAGUCUUGAGGUUAUUAGGGAAGGGUACAUUUGGACAAGUAUAUCAGGUAAAGAAAAAGGAUUCUAAGAGAAUUUACGCAAUGAAAGUCUUAUCGAAAAAGGUGAUUGUGAAGAAAAAUGAAAUUGCACAUACAAUCGGUGAAAGAAACAUUUUGGUACGUACAGCAUCGAAAUCUUGUCCUUUUAUAGUAGGCUUGAAGUUUUCUUUUCAAACUCCAGCCGAUCUUUACCUCGUUACAGACUUCAUGAGUGGAGGCGAACUGUUUUGGCAUCUCCAAAAAGAAGGGAGAUUUAGCGAAGAUAGAGCCAAGUUUUAUAUCGCCGAACUAGUUUUGGCUUUGGAGUAUUUGCAUGACAACGAUAUUGUUUAUAGAGAUUUGAAACCGGAGAAUAUUUUAUUGGAUGCAAACGGUAAUAUUGCUCUUUGUGAUUUUGGUCUAUCCAAGGCGGACUUGAAAGAUCGUACAAACACAUUUUGUGGAACAACAGAGUAUUUGGCGCCAGAACUUCUUUUAGAUGAGAGUGGAUACACUAAAAUGGUUGAUUUUUGGUCCCUUGGAGUGUUAAUUUUUGAAAUGUGCUGUGGCUGGUCACCGUUUUUUGCCGAAGACAACCAAAAAAUGUAUCAAAAAAUUGCAUUUGGUAAAGUUAAAUUUCCUCGUGAUGUUCUGUCACCAGAGGGUCGGUCGUUUGUCAAGGGAUUAUUAAAUAGAAAUCCUAAGCAUAGAUUGGGUGCCAUAGAUGAUGGAAGAGAACUAAGAGCGCAUCCUUUUUUUGCAGAUAUAGAUUGGAAAGCGCUAAGGCAAAAGAAGAUACCACCUCCAUUCAAACCACAUUUAAAUUCAGAGACGGAUACAUCUAAUUUUGAUCCAGAAUUCACUCAAACGUCUACUUCAUACAUGAACAAAAAUCAACCAAUUGCAGCAACGCCGUUAUCCCCAGGCAUGCAGGCUAAAUUUGCUGGAUUUACUUUUGUAGAUGAGUCUACGAUAGAAGAACACUACAAUGUCGCCUACAACAAUCGUAAAUUUUUACAGAAUUCAUAUUUUAUGGAGCCAGGAUCUUUUAUUCCAGGUAAUCCAAAUUUACCUCCUGAUGAAGAUGUAAUCGAUGAUAAUGGUGAUGAAGAUCCAAACGAAUAUCAUGAAAACAAAGGCCUUCAUGAAUCAAAUGAUGUCGAUUACGAUGGUGACCAACAUAUGGAUGACGAAUUUGUCAGUGGCAGGUUCGAAAUCUGA